UCAAAUCGCCUCCGAUGCUAUGCGCUUAAAGUGUUUUCCUGUGACAGUAGAGCGAGAGAACCAGAAAUGUGACAGCUCAGUCGUGUGGCAGGAUUCAAGCAGAAAGACAGGCACCCAGGCCGGGCAGAAGCAGUGGGAGACGCCGCUGUAGACCACCGGAACGGAGAACCUGUCGCCUUAGAUCAACUUACGAAGCGCGAAGAUUGAAGACAGAAGAGAGUCUGGUCACAUUGUCUUCUCCCUCUCCUCCUUCUCCCAAGUCCUUUCCUCCAGUCCUCCUUCUCCCAAGUCCUUUCCUCCAGUCCUCCUUCUCCCAAGUCCUUUCCUCCAGUCCUCCUUCUCCCAAGUCCUUUCCUCCAGUCCUCCUUCUCCCAAGUCAUUCAGUCCUCCUUCUCCCAAGUCAUUCAGUCCCCCUUCUCCCAAGUCCUUUCCUCCAGUCCUCCUUCUCCCAAGUCAUUCAGUCUUCCCUCUCCCAAGUCCUUCAGUCCUCCUUCUCCCAAGUCCUUUCCCUUUAAACAGCCACCAUCAUGGCUUCCAAACUGAAUCCGAAUGUCCUGUACGUCCAAGAACCACAGGAGUCUCACUCAUCAUUGGAAACUGACCACCUGGCGCAGCCCGAACCCGGUGAAGAGAGCUCCGAUAGUGACGGAGAGCCAGAUGAGACGGAGCAGAAGCUAAUCCGGAAGGUGUCCACAUCGGGGCAGCUACGUGCCAAGAAAAGUGUGAAGGAGGGGAUCCUAUUGAAACAGACUAGCUCAUUCCAGAGAUGGAAAAGGAGGUUCUUCAAAUUGAGAGGAAGGACACUUUACUAUGCCAAAGACUCAAAGUCUCUGAUAUUUGACGAGGUGGACCUAUCAGACGCCAGCGUGGCCGAGACCAGCACCAAGAACAUCAACAACAGCUUUACGGUGAUCACUCCGUUCAGGAAGCUGAUGCUAUGUGCAGAGAGCAGGAAGGAGAUGGAGGAUUGGAUUGGUGCUCUGAAGUCUGUACAGAAAUGGGAGACUUACGAGACCAGUCUAUUAAAUAUGGAACAUUUCUCUGGGAUGCAUAACUGGUAUGCCUGUUCCCACGCCAGACCCACCUUCUGUAACGUCUGCAGAGAGGCCCUCUCCGGAGUCACCUCACACGGACUGUCCUGUGAAGUGUGUAAGUUCAAGGCCCAUAAGCGCUGUGCGGUGCGCUCCACCAACACCUGUAAAUGGACCACGCUGGCCUCCAUAGGAAAUGACAUCAUGGAGGAUGAGGAUGGGGUGUCCAUGCCUCACCAGUGGUUAGAAGGGAACCUGCCGGUCAGUGCUAAGUGUGUGGUGUGUGAUCGUAACUGUGGCAGUGUCAGGAGACUGCAGGACUGGAGGUGUCUAUGGUGCACAGCUAUUGUCCACAGCAGCUGUAAAGAGCAGAUGGGAAAGGUGUGUCCUCUGGGUCAGUGUCGCGUCUCAAUCAUCCCUCCUACAGCCCUCAACAGUAUCAACUCUGACGGCUUCUGGAAGGCCACCUCUACCUCCUGCACCUCUCCUCUCCUGGUCCUCUGUAACUCUAAGAGUGGAGACAACCAAGGAGUUAAGUUCCUGAGGAAGUUUAAACAGCUCCUCAACCCUGCACAGGUCUUUGACUUAAUGAAUGGAGGGCCUCAGCUGGGUCUGCGUGUGUUCCAGAAGUUUGCCACGUUUCGUAUCUUGGUGUGCGGAGGAGAUGGCAGUGUUGGUUGGGUGCUGUCUGCACUGGACAAACUAAACCUGCACAAACAGUGCCAGCUAGGUGUGCUCCCCCUGGGGACAGGUAAUGACCUAGCCAGGGUGCUGGGCUGGGGAGCGCUGUGUGAUGAUGACACUCAGCUGCUGCAGAUCGUGGAGAAGCUGGAGAGAGCGACCACCAAGAUGCUGGACAGGUGGAGUGUGAUGACAUACGAGCUUCCCACCAAACACUGUCCAAUGGUGAAGGAAGACUAUUUUAGUCCCGACUCACCCUUACAGGUCCACAUCACUCAGUAUGCAGACUCUGUGGCCUCCCACCUCACCAAAAUCCUGGACUCAGACAAACCCACUGAUGUCAUAUCCUCUGCCAAGUUUUUGUGUGGGACGGUGAAUGAUUUUGUAGCAGAGGUGGGGAGAGCGUAUGAGAGAGCCACAGAGAACAAGGAGGAGGCCGAUGCUAUGGCCAAGAAGUGUACUCUGUUGAAUGAGAAGCUGGACAGCCUGGUGAAGGCUCUGAGUGAGGAGGCUGAUGCCAAGGUGGUACCAGUGGGCAGCGUGCCACCCCACGAGGACCAGGAGGGGGCCACAGACACCCCUGGAGGGGAACCCCAGCCCCCGUACAGGUCAUGGUCCAGAGAACAGCUGAUGAUGAGAGCUAACAGUCUGAAGAAAGCCCUGAGACAGAUCAUAGAACAGGCUGGGAAAGGUACAGGUCCAGAGAACAAACAGUCUGAAGAAAGCCCUGAGACAGAUCAUAGAACAGGCUGGGAAAGGUACAGGUCCAGAGAACAGCUGAUGAUGAGAGCUAACAGUCUGAAGAAAGCCCUGAGACAGAUCAUAGAACAGGCUGGGAAAGUGGUAGAUGAACAGAACAGACACACUCAUAUCCAGCACAUGUCUUCCUCCUCGUCCAUAAAGAGAGAGAACAGUGAGGAGCUGACAGAGCCAGAACCACGUCACAUCAGUUUGAGUCCCACGAGUUCCUCUAGCAUCGUCUUGGAGAAACCAGAGAGUCUCAGCCCUCCAUCCUUUAACGAAGAUCAGUGUUCAGAGAAAUGUGUACUGAACAAUUACUUUGGGAUCGGUCUGGAUGCUAAGAUCUCCCUGGAGUUUAACAACAAGAGAGAUGAACAUCCCAAGAAAUGCAGUAGUCGUACUAAGAACAAGUUGUGGUAUGGGGUGAUGGGAACCAAGGAGCUGGUGCAUAAGACGUAUAAGAACCUGGAGCAACGGGUACUGUUGGAGUGUGAUGGUGUCUCUAUAUGUCUGCCCAGUCUUCAGGGACUAGCUGUCCUCAACAUCUCCAGCUAUGCAGGAGGAAUCAACUUCUGGGGUGGCACCAAAGAGGACAGCAACUUUGGUGCCCCGUCGUUUGACGACAAGAAGCUGGAGGUGGUGGCUGUGUUUGGCAGCAUGCAGAUGGCUGUGUCCAGAGUCAUCAACAUCCAACACCACCGCAUCGCACAGUGUCGUCAGGUAAAGAUCACUAUCCUAGGAGACGAGGGGGUACCAGUACAGGUGGAUGGAGAAGCAUGGAUUCAGCCCCCAGGGAUAGUCAAGAUCACACACAAGAACAGAGCUCAGAUGCUAACCAGAGACAGGAACUUUGAGAGGGCUCUGACGUCAUGGGAGGACAAGAGGAAGAUUGACAGCUACCAUUCCUCCAGGCCCCGCCUCAACUCUCAGCAGUCUAUGGAAUACCUCACAGAGGAGGAGUGUGCUCAAGUACAGCAGCUGGGCUUGGUGGCAGACACGCUCAUCACUAGGAUAAGAGAUGCGGCUAAGACACACAAGCUGGUGGAACAGGAGUUAGCUCAUGCUGUCAACGCCAGUGCCCUAGUCCUCAGUGAAGCCUUCCCCUCCAAGCCGUCCAGCCCUGAGUGUCUGAGUCGCAGUACAGCAGUGGAGAUCGUGAACAGCAGUAGAGUCCUUCAGCUGGAGACCACGAUGCUGCUGGAGGGGAAACUACUGGUGGACUCUCCCCAGGAAGAGGAGCUCCUCUCUACUCUCAGCAGUCUGAGCGCUGAACUCCACAAGCUGGACGACAUACACUGGAUCUGCCCUGCCAUGCACUGCUCUGAGGAGGUGGCUGACACUGUGAGGGUGAGCGGUAAGAGCAGUAUUAAGAUGAAGAUGAUGCCCAAGGUGAAGAGGGAGAGAGAGAAGCUCCACAAGCAGAAGUCCAAUAGCUCUCUGUCAGGACCUUGGGAUAUUAAAGGUGGCCCAAAUGAGACGGGUCCUUCAGGCAAUUGAGGAACUUAAACGCAAAGGCUUAACAAGGUACACCCAUCACCAUGGCAGCCAGGGGAGGCGAGGGGUGUCACCCUCUUCUUCGUACGGGACGUGGGCUUUACCUACCGAGGGGUGUCACCCUCUUCUUCCUACGGGACGUGGGCUUUACCUACCGAGGGGUGAGAAGUACAAAAUGAUUCCACGACCCUCCCGCCUUUCAGCUAACACCUCCCCCUUGACUCUCGAUGUUCUCCAUUUUGAAAUUAGGGAGGAGUUGUUUUUAACUAGGGGGUGUGGCUUUGCAUCCUAUCACCAUUUGGGGUCCUGUUAUUGGUUCUAUUUGGCCUACUGACCCAGGAGGUGGGCGUGGCUUCUUGAGAUGAAAGCAGAGAAGGAGAAGAGACGCUCUCUUAGCAACUUGUUUCCUUGACGACGCAAUGUGUUUACGUAGGCGGAGCUCUCCUUUGCAUGACAUGAGCAGCCAUUUUGUUUUUAUUUUUAAAUAACUCCUUUUUUUGGCAGGCGUUUACACUACCCUUCCUCUUUUCUCUUUUUUUUGUAAUCUUUAUUGACUUUCGUGACAACUUACAGGACUUUUUAGUUUCCUCGAGAAAUCUGAAGUCCGAAGACGACUUUGCUUUCUGUUCCUAUCGCCGUAAGAACAACAAAAAUACAAAUGAACAACAAUGUAAACAACAUCUCAAAUUAUUAACUGGAGACUCAUAAAUGUAAAACAAAAAAUAGACUAUUGCAGGGUCAUAUUGAGGAAUGUACUACAUGUGUGCGUAUUACCUUGUGAAUAUUCAUUUUACCGUGUGAAUAUUCAUACUACUGCGUGAAUAUUCAUAUUACUGUGUGAAUAUUUGUUCUACCGUGUGAAUAUUCAUACUACUGCGUGAAUAUGCAUACUACUGCGUGAAUAUUCAUAUUACUGUGUGAAUAUUCACACAGUGGCCUGGCCUGAUGUCUCCAUCCCUGCAUGCCUUCCACUCCUCACUAUCCUAUGAGAUGGAAGAAGUAACCCAGUAGACACUGAUCUAAGGUCAAGAUUAGAAAUCUGAUCCUAGAUCUGUGGUUAGGACAAACAUUCACCAUGAGCUUAUACAUUCCUUAAUGGUCACGAUUGAAUAUAUAUUCUCUUGUAGAAAUUGGGUAGCGCCUUAUCUGAAGACACUUCUGUAAACGUUUUUUUUUUUUAUUAUUACGUUAUUAAUAGGAAGAAUAAAUUCAUAAAUAAUAAUAAAUUAGGAAAUGGAUACAACAUUUAUUACAACGUCCUGUAAUAUCUUGAACAUUUAAUUAAUUUAAUGCUGAACAAACUUGAAGUAAUUAUGUUCAUAGUCAAUCAGAUAAACUGUUAGCUAUAUGAAUGUGCUACUGUACCAUUAGCAUGCUGCUGUUAGAGGCUUUAAUGAGGUACCUUUACAUAUGUGGGAAGUUUCUUACCAGGCGCACUGGUUUAAAAUGACAUAUGACGAUUGUGUGCGUAUGUGCAAACGACACUGUGUGUGUGUGUGUCGUUCAUUUUACUGUGUCGUUCGAGUUUACUGUAUGUUGCCUUGCACUUUACAAAGCGAAACUUAAAGAACACAUUUGUGUGUGUGUGUGUUGUAAAGUGACCGUUCACUUGUGGUUUUUAUUGCUAUGACAACGGUCCCUCUCCAUCAUAUUUAUGACAAAUCUAUACAGAGAUCAUUGUGUGUUAAUAUAUAAAUAUAACCAAGCGAAUGUUAGUGUGUGUAUAUGUAUAUGUAUAUAUAU